GAGUUCCAGGGGUGGGAAAGGAGGGACCCCAGGCCCUGGGUUCCCCUCCUCUGGGGCGCAGUUCCCAGCGCUGUUUGAACUCGAAAGGAGUUUCGCCCCGUUCCUUGCGUUCCGGAGACUGUCCUGGGAGCUUGGCACACAGUAGGUCUUUCACAGUAUCAACUAUUCCCAGUGCCAAUUAUGAAGUGCCCGUUAGACACGAGGUCUGUGCCGAGCACUUUUAAACUGGUGUUUAUCAAAUCUUCUUGAAUCAUAUUGACGGAUAAUCGGAUUCAACUGCAAAUUGCCCCCUGGCCCCGCCCGCAGUGGCUUGCAAUGUUUGUUUCCCUCUGUUCUCGCGAUUUAGUCCCCACCCCCUACCCAGCCUCUUGGAAUUGUAGGCCACAGUUUAUCACGACGCCCAUCUGCGCUUUCCUGGGUGGAACUUCCAAGAUUGCCUGCUCAAAGGUAUCCGCUACCUCCAAGAUUAAGUCUCAAUCCACUGACUCACAGCCAGCCGGAGCCAGGGAGUGGUGUUUUUAGGAAUCAUAUGACCCCAGCUCCUAGCCAGUUCACUACAGGCACCUGCGGCGAUGCGACCAUGCAUACCUGCGACCUGUGUGGCAAGGCCUUCCGUCUGCAGCGCAUGCUCAACCGGCACCUCAAGUGCCACAGCCAGGUGAAGAGGCACCUGUGCAGCUUCUGUGGAAAGGGCUUCAACGACACCUUCGACCUCAAGCGGCAUGUGCGCACGCACACAGGCAUUCGCCCCUAUAAGUGUGACGUCUGCCACAAAGCCUUCACCCAGCGCUGCUCCUUGGAGUCCCACCUGAAGAAGAUCCACGGGGUGCAGCAGCAGUACGCCUAUAAGCAGCGCCGGGAUAAGCUGUAUGUCUGCGAGGACUGCGGCUACACGGGCCCCACCCAGGAGGACCUGUACCUGCACGUGAACGGUGCCCACCCGGGCAGCGCGUUCCUCAAAAAGACAUCCAAGAAACUGGCAGCUCUCUUGCAAAACAAGAUGACGUCCUCGCUCCAGGAAAACGCCAACCUGAGUGAGGAGGAGGAGAAGUAGGAGAGGGGCGAGGACACCAACUCUGCCACGUGUCCACGGAUUCCUGGUCUUGGAGGUCCCCUGCCCCACGUGCUAUUCCAGAGUCCAAGUGGUCCAUUCAUCUCUCUGUCCUGGGGGCCUCACUGGGGGCUCCAUGCCAACGCUAUCAUUGAUAACAGUGGCAUGAGGCCUCUGUCACCUGGGCCCUCAGGAACGCUAUCACAGUAAUGGAAGCUUGUGGAGAGCUGUGAUCACCGUCUGGGUCUAGUUUUCAUUUUUAUUUUGUUUUUAGGAUUUUCACACAUGGAGGGUAGGGGUGUUCUGAGAGACACACCCUUGGAGAGAUUGAUAUGGUGCCUUGAAAUAAAAGUACUUCCACUUGAAAUGCUA